AUGACGGUGGCAUCGGGGCCGAAGAGAUAUUAGCAACUGGCUGAGAGAAAGAAGCAGUUAGCAGAUAUACAGGCGGCAGUGAGAAUGGUUUGCGGUGGUUUCACCUGUUCCAAGAAUGCGCUAAUUGCUUUAAAUGUGGUGUACAUACUUGUUGGACUGUUACUUAUCGGAGUAGCAGCAUGGGGCAAAAGUUACGGCAUUGUUUCCAGUAUAAACAUCAUUGGUGGAGUCAUUGCUGUGGGGGUCUUUCUGCUUCUCAUUGCUGUUGUUGGACUUAUCGGAGCAGUCAAUCACCAUCAAGUCAUGCUGUUCUUUUAUAUGGUUAUUUUAUUCCUGGUCUUUUUAAUUCAGUUUGGAGUCUCCUGUUCAUGCCUGGCUCUUAACCGAAGUCAACAGGAGCAUCUGCUAAAGUUGACCUGGAACAGAAUGUCAAAUACAACCAGACAAGAUCUAGAACACCAGCUGAAUUGCUGUGGAUUUAUGAAUGAUACAGAGAAUAUUGCCACCUAUUUGACUGAUCACUUAUUGUGUAAAGAACACUGCAAACCAAAAGGUUGUAAAACUUGUGGGAAUGUCAUGCUGACACAUUCUGGUCAGGCUCUAAGAAUUCUGGGUGGAGUAGGGCUUUUCUUCAGCUUCACUGAGAUCCUUGGAGUUUGGCUAGCUAUGCGUUUUAGGAACCAGAAAGACCCUCGAGCAAACCCUAGUGCCUUUUUGUAGAACUUUCACCUUUUUUCUGCACUGUCAUGACCAUUGUAUCCUCUAGCUGCUAGUCAAAAAAUUUUUCCCAGGGAUUAUUUUCAUCAAAGCUCAUAUGUAUAUGGAAGACAGAAGAGGAUUGUCUGCUUACCUUCACUAAUGCAUGAUGGGAUGGAGCAAACUAGCCAGACUCUUUUUGAAUUAUCAUGAUGCCACUGCUGAUGAGAUUGUGACGUUUGGGUUGUACUAACUGUAUGCUUCGUCCUUGAUGUGAAGUCCCUGGUUGUGUGACAAUGUUUGAGUAUAAGAACCAGAACUUGAAAAAUGUGCAAAAUGUUGAUACAAUUUUUAAAAAUUUGUCCAGAACAUGCUGUUUGUUUAUGAUAUACUUAUAUGUCAGGGUAAUAAUGCAUCAUUACAGCUACUAUUAAUGUUUACCCAGAUUUUAGACUUGCUAAUUGGGGGCGGGGCAUGAAUUGAGGGCAGGAGAGAAACUCCUUUUUAAAUAAAUGUUUUAAUUGAUCACGCCUUUUUAAUUUUACAAGGAUCCCUUUAUCAGAGUUUAAACUUGGUUUUAAUUUUUAGUUUAAUUUGCAAUAGCAGAAUGAGGAGGUGGAGCUGUACUGAUUUCAAAUUCUCAAUAGAUGCCUAUCUUCCAUAUUGCUGCAACUUUGGAAAUGCACAUAUUUGCUGAAGUUUUGUUUGUACACAAGUUCCAUGUCUUUGGCUGCACAUUAAAACAGAAGCUAAGUUUCCAUUUUACUCUAGGCAAUGGCAAGGGGCAUGAUUUGACAUUCUGCCCAGUCUGGGAGUUGCGCGACUCUUCCGACUUCCUAUGGGACAGUCAUUAGAUUUGUAGCUCCACCCUAUCUGGCAACUCCAAUUCAGCAGAAUGCCUUUGAAUUAGGGUCAGGGUGAGUAGGAGGGAGAAAAAUAUGUGAAGAGUCAAAAGCUUUUUUUUUGCCUAAGACUUGGUUCAAACUACCUGUCAUAAAGACUAAUCCAUAUAAUUGUCUGGGUUUGGUGUUUAAAAUAGUUAAGUCAAUACCGCUGUAAUGUGAUGUACCAUAAUACUUCCAGUCUUUCGUUGUUCUUCCGAAUUGUUUAAAGAAGCAUUCUAAAGAUGUGUUGGAACCAUGUCUGAUUUUGUAUAUCCUGGAUCACAGUGUGGAAAGUUAAGGCCACAUUUCUGCUUUUCCUGUAGUAUAGACCUAUGCUCCGUACCAAAUUAGAAUGCAAGGUGAUGGAGGACUCUUUUUUUUCUUGAGUUAUGAACAAAUUGCAGCAUCAGUAUUAUAGGGAUUCUAUAUUGUACUUUAACCAAGCUAAUAAAUAUGAUCACCUCAUCCAAAACCCUGGUUGAGAAAUGUCUGUUGCCUUCACCUCUUUUAUGAUAUGCCACCAAUUUGUGUGAACAGUAUCGACACUCAACUAGAGAAAUGCAAUUGCCAAACUUAACAUUCUAAAUCCCUUCAAUUAACAUAGGUAAGCUUUAAUUCUAUUAUUUUUAACCAAAAAAAAAUUAAACACCUUGGUGAAUGUUUUCAAUUUUCUUUUUCACUGAAGCAGCUAAACUGUUUGUAAAGUGGAUUCUCUCAUGGACUAGAGGUUUGAAAUAAUGUGUGAUGAUGGAUGUGGAGUAUACAUUCGUAGAUGCUGUUUAGAAAUUACCUAGUUGGCCUCUUACCAAGUUAUUUAAAUGUUUUUUUGUUUAAUUUUAUGGAAGAAAAUGUUAAAUACUCCCUUAAUUUAGUUAUGCAUUCAGUAAUCGCACCAUAAUAGUUGUAGAGAAUCUGAAUUUUAGCUUUAAUUUUAGAAGACCUCCAGUAAAAGUGAGUGCAAAGAUAGCAGACUGAGUUUUUUUUUUAAAUGGUUCACUAAUGUCUUAAGGACAGAAACCUAGAUUCCUUGAUCAGGCCUCUAAUACUUUGAUCUUGGCUGUGGCUAACCUCGACACAUGGUGCUACAUGCAGCAGUUCAAGAAGGCAGGCCACCAUUAUCCAGUGCACCUAGAGAUUGGCAAUAAAUCACUUAAAUUAAGCCAAACUUGGAAUAAUUGCUAAUCCCUUCAUUCAGGAUGUUGUGUACAAAUUGCAUGAAAUAUUCUGUAUCUUGGGUAUGCUGUACUGUUUUAGUCAUGAAAUUAUACAUUAAAUUCUUUGAACAGUU